AUGACGGAUGUGGCCCUAGAAGAUCGAGCCCGAAGGCAUGUUGAGGACAUCACACGCAGCAGGCAACCUGGAAAGGAUAGUCGGAACAUAGAAGACUUGGAAUCAUCCGUUCGAUAUCUCGCAGAUGAACUUUAUCGGAGUCAGUCACAUUUUCUUUUGGAGCUCUUACAAAAUGCCGACGACAACGAGUACAGCGCGGAGAAGGUGCCUGAAAUCUCUUUCGAAUACAAGCACCACAGCCUACGGAUUUACUGCAACGAAGAUGGCUUUACCGACGCCAACGUUGAAGCCAUCUGUCGCAUCGGGAGGAGUACAAAGUUUAGAUCUGCUGGUGGAGGGAGAAGGUAUAUCGGUGAGAAAGGGAUCGGCUUCAAGUCUGUCUUCAAGGUCGCGAACAAGGUCUGGAUAUCUUCUGGCAGUUACUCAUUCAUGUUCGAUCGUCAGAGGCCGCUCGGUAUGAUUACUCCUAUUUGGGCCGACCUCCCCGACAGGCGUCUAUCCAACAUCGGUACAUCCAUGCAUCUUCAGCUCUCAGAUGGUUGCGACGAGCAACAGCUACGAAAGGAGAUGAUAUCUUUUGACGCAAACACUCUAAUCUUUCUCACGAGGUUAAGGGAGGUUAAUCUAGUUGUGCACACCUCGGGCCAGCCCAUUGAAAGAAGGCUCCGUCGAGAGGACAGGCAUCUAGACACCAAAUCAAUCGAAGUGAAGAUCUUCGAGAAUGACAACGAAGCUCUGCACUAUCGCCUCUUCCGACAUACUGUCCAGAAUUUGCCGGACGAAACGAAACGCCCUGGUCAGACCGAGUCCGAGAUCGUGCUGGGAUUCCUCCUCUCAGGUUCACAAAAGGAUAGACUUCGAACACAGCAGGUGUUUUCCUUCCUUCCCAUUCGGGAUUGCGGUUUCAAGUUCCUCAUCCAAGCAGAUUUCCUCCUCGUGGCCGGGCGCGAAGACAUUGACGUUCAUAAUCGGUGGAAUAGGAAGCUACUCAACUCGAUUCCGGAUGCCUUUGCAAACGUUGUUCGGUAUUUCAACCGCACAACUAGUUUGCGUUAUUCGUGGCUCCAUCACGUUCCUAGAACAUCUGAACUCCAGGCUGAUUUCAAUAUGCUCGGUUGCUCUAUCGUGAAGAAGCUCUCCAACACGUGUAUACUGGAGUCAGAGGGUGGUCAAAUGAGUCCCCCUCUAUUACUAACAUAUGUUCCGAAGCAGUUUACACUUGGCAAUGGGGAGCCCUUGAGUCUGAACCAGGGCACCCGGCUCAAGUAUUUGUCCAGGAAAUACUCUCACGACGACGAGGACAACUUUAAGCUCUUGGGCGUCAAGGUUCUAGACUUUCCCAGUUUCCUCGAGGAUCUAUUUGACUGCCUUGGAGAACAAGCAGGGAAGGACCGAUCUUCAGAGUGGCAUUCAGCACUAGCCACAGUUGUUGUCAGACAGUAUUACAUGUCUCGUGGCGAUCGCGCCAAACUUGGCAAGCUUCCAAUCAUCCCACUCCGUGACGGCCGUUGGAUGGCGGCAAACCAAUGCGGCGAGUUGCUCUUCUUCGCCACAGGCGAAACCCACCUCUCAAUCCCAGAGGGUAUGAGUAUCAUGGAGGUCCAUCCGGAUGCCCUGAAAGAUCCAUCGCGAGACACACUAUUCCGUCAGUUAGGAGCGAAGCAUUUGGACACAGGGGCCAUCUGCGAUGCUAUUGUCAAGAUUCAUGAUUCGUCCGUGGCCCCAUCCCCAAGACAGGCAUUGAUUUCACAAGCUGCCUUUCUCUUCCGUCACUCGUCAUGGCGAUCCUCCGGCCGUGUUGAUUUGUGGGUCGCAACGGAUACGGAAACAUACCACCGGGCGUCCGAAGUUUAUCUCCAGGCUUAUGAAGCCGGAGGGAGGAGGUUUCCCACUCUCCAUAAAGACUAUCAUGACGCCGUACCGGAAGAGCAGGAGAAAUGGAGGCAAUGGCUCAAUCAGGCGAUUGGGAUAUGCACGGCUCCUCGUCUCGUCCGCCCACUGCAUGGCGGCCGGUUUAUUCUCUCUUACGAUAUGGAGAUGAUAAGAAAACACUGGCCUUACACACGUUUUCUGAAGCUGCUCAGAGACAAUUGGAAGGCCUACUCGGAGUGGCUGGACCGCCGCGAACGAAGUGGACAACAACGAUCACACUCGUGGACGAUUUCGCGCAAUGAGUUGGUGCGUCAACUGGGAGAGACGCAGGUGAAAUGCCAAGGCCGAACUGAUUCCUAUCCUUUGAGCAAGACCGUCCUCCCGUCUGUCUUCCUCCGAGACAGCCGGGAGAAAGCGGUGAAGUAUGUCCAAGUGCUGGAAAUCCCGGAGCCUGAGGACCAGUCUUGGUCCUUCCUGGAGAAUUUGGGCGUCAAAAUCGAGCCGAGCGUGACACUUUACCUUGAGGUGUUGGAAGCCAUGCGGGACAGGAAACAACAGCUAGAAGAUUACACUUGGCUGUAUACAAAUAUCCAGGACAUGGGGUCUAAAAAUCUGGCAGCGUUAAGGCAAGCCUUCUCUCAACAUCCACUGGUGUUCAUCCCCCGCAGCAAGUCUGCAGAAGCACGACUGCUGAAGACGGAUGAAUGCCUCUGGUCCGGCCCACCAGAGUUGCUCAAGAAGAGUGUUAUCUUGGAAAGGCUAUAUCCGUCCUGCCAAAGGCUCUUUCGAGAGUUUUUGGAAGUCAGGGAUGCAGACCUACAGACCGUCGUAACUGAGGCCUUGAAAAUCACACCCAGCGACGACUUGAGCUACAUUGUCGACUUGUUCAUAUGCUUGGAUAAAUAUACCAAGCGCAGUGGCUCUCAUCUAACACCUGAAAACAUGACGACCUUCUGCACAACCGACUUGUUCCCCAUUGAGCCGUCAGGUGACGGGAAGGAAGUCUCCAGAGCAUAUUACCUUUGUUCUUGUCAGUCAAACUCGGACUGGUACAUCGCGGAUCGUCGUCAUCUUCGUCAUGGGUUUCGUGGGAAAAUUCCACUGCUUGCUUUUGACAACAAUCAGCUCGCGAAGAUGAAGUGGAUGUUUCAAUUACCAGGGAUGAAAGACCGCUUGCUUUCCGAGGUGGCUAUCUCUAAACCCCUGCCAGGAAUCCAGGCUACUUUGAAUCAUGAAUUUACGACUCUACUCCGCGCGAGAGCGAAGUAUAUUGCGCGUCUGGUACCAGGUGACGAGGUCGAGCAAUGCAAAGCCUUGAAACAACUGAAGACUGUCGAGGCUUACAGCACAAACAAGUUUUCGUUCGAAUGGGAAGUGAGAGGCCGCUCCGGUGCAGUUGCAGCCAGUUUUCAAGACACCAGCAAAUCGGGUGUCUUCCCAGAAGCAGAUAAACUUCGUAUCUACCUCGAGGAUGGAGAAAGCUAUGCCUUGAUCGCGGCACGGGCGUUGUCGACCUGGUAUCGAGUAGAGAAGGGAUUGGAGCUCCCGCUCUGCUUAGCCCUGUCCUGCAAUGAGUCAAGCAUCGAAGACAUUCUCGCGCGGGAAGGAAUCUGGCCACCAUCAGUUACAGAACCAUACCAGGUUGAUGACCCUGGUGACACCCAACGUAUCAAGGACGCUGAAUCCAGCCCGGGAAUACUGUCGCCGAUUGAGUCGAGCUUUAAAGGAGACAAGCUCACGGACGAAGGAACCUCGCUGCCAACGGUUAUAGCACCAAGUCCGGCUGAAGACUUCGAUGAUGACAAAAGCCCUACCAGGAUCGUCCGAUCUAGCCCAGUCAUGAACAGCGCAGUGACAAGUGCAUCAGAUACGGGGGUCGCGGAAGCGCCACAGGAUUACUUCGAGUGCCCUCCAAAGACUGAGUCCUCGUGCGCUGGGCUCCCGUCGAUCUUUCUGAGCUUUGACCUUACUGCUCUACCCCUCGACAUAUACCUGGGUAUUAUCGAUUUCCCGCUGUUCGAUAAUCUGACAAGACUCCUGAUGAUUCAUCUCUGUAUGUAUAUGCUCAUACGCCAGAUGUAUCCGAGCAUAUAUCUUUCGGGCCUUUGGACUGAGUCGUCUGACGCCGUGGACCUUUCAGGGGUGCCCAUCCUAACUCGUUUCUCCUCGACAAAACCCACCUGGAAUACUGUCGUCAAGGCCACGAUCAUGCCGGGGGCUCUCCCUCGAAGCACUGCUCCCAGUUUGGAUAAUCUCUUGUCACCUGUUCCUACCCUUAUUAGUCCUUCCCCGAACAUUCACCCUGUGAGCAUUGCUAUCCCAAGGACUCUUCCACCUCCACCAUCUGUCAUUCCGCUCACUACCUUCAAGAGAACUUCCCUCGCGCCAGAUCUCGUUCCGAGCAAGCUCCCUGAAACCACUCUGCUCUUGGACUUUGCCAUCCUGUCUAUUGCCAUGUUGACUACAGUCCUCGGUGUUGUGUUUUACAGGCGCUUUGAUGGUGGGGGGCGCACAGACGAGGUUAUUGAAGAAAAAACCGACGCUAUUGAGGAGACAGUGACUUUCGAAACAACCCUCCCUUCUUUGCCAACUGGUAUCGUUCCGUCAAUGGAGACGCAAUUCCCUUCAGACCCAGUUACUGGCAUCGUUCCCGCAAUGACAGCAGAGAACAUCGAUUCCGCAAUCGAUACGCAUCUUCUAGAAGAGCCGACAAGCCCAAUCAUGACAGAUGGAAACAUCAAUGACCAAGAUAGCACCAACACUGUCAGAGAACAGCCUCCUCUUCGUGAUUACCGUGAAUAUUGGCAGGCAGAGCUGUCAAAAAACCUGCAUGAUGCGGGGGAAGCUCGCUCACAGGGACAAGUUAUCUCACAAGAGGACCCUAACCUUGUUGGACAUGGACGAACUAACAACGAGGAAUUUCAGCGCCGCGACGGAGCUUUCCCUAAGAAUCGCCAGACAGACGAGGAUGAAGCCCAGAGUGAACACUCUGAGAUGGGAUCAGACCCUUUUCAAGAGGACUCUGAUGAACAGAACCAAGAAAGGGGCCACGGCAAACCCGAUGCGCAAGUUGCUGCCCAGAAUAGAGAUAGCUUGUCGGAAACCGACAAGAACGACGUCGCUGAGAAGAACGAACCCGUCAACAUCAGCGAGGAAAGUCGAGGGAUAGAAUGGAACGAUCACGAAUAUCCUCAAGACGUUAUGUUUGCCCAAAUGGAAGCGACACCAAAAGGUCAGUCGCUGGAGAAGAAAGCCAAGAAACGUAACGGAAAACGCAAGCACAAGCCAAGGGUGGGUGAUGACGACGAUCACAGUGCGAUGGAUUCGUUCGUAUCCGAUCCAGCGCAGACAUCAAGCCCGGACGGCAGGCAGUCGGACCCAGGCCAGGAGGUUGAGUGGGAGACGACACCAUGCGAGGGCCAUCUCGAGGACAGACAAUUUUUUCGCGAGGAUCAAGAGUCCGAGGAGUACUACUCAAGAGCGCCCCUCGGCCCAAACGUUCCGACAAUCACAGUUGACGAGGCAGAUAGUUCGGGUCAACAAGCUGAUACGCCUCCCAACCGAGAAACUGAAACACCAGAUCAUCAGACCGGGAAGGCUGGGAACCAAACCCAAUCAGACAUUCAGAUUACAGAAGAAAACUACCAAAGCACGAUCGUGUCGGACGCAGACAUGACUAUACUUCCAAUGAUGGACGGGGUUCCAGAGCUGAGGGGCGAAAGCAAGGACGACUACGGCUUUGUUAUGGAUCGGUUGAGACAAGUUGGGGACUUGUCGGUGAGAGCCACAGCCCAAGAAGUACGAUCACACUCUGUUGGCAGUAGAGGGACCGAAGUGCUGCGGCUGAGCAAUCGAGCCAGCCCAUGGGGCAUCUUGCCACGCAACGACCAAACAGAGGCCUCGGAAUUUCUCGAUUUGUUUAUGUCUCGACGCCUCGACGACAGUUUUGUGAAUACGAGCCGCGGCCUCUUAUUCAAUCCAUCUCCAUCGACAGUAUUCUUGGACGAGGAUACCCAGGAGACCAGAUUUCUCGGAGAACUUUACGUAUCUCAUCUUUUAGGUUCGCUUCUAGGCCAAGAUUCCUACCAUCCUGAUGAGCACUGGACCAGCAGCAUGCGCUCCCGCAACGGACACAAACCGUAUGACGAGAACACGGCGGAAGAUGACCUUUCCACCUUCACAAUAUCCGAGACCCGUGGCAAGCUCCGAGAUUCGACUAUUCGAGGCUAUCAGAUGCCUGAUUCAGCGCUCCACGAGACGUGCAAAUUUCACAUACAAGUCUGCGCUACCAACGGGAACCUACAUUGGCCAUUUAGACUGUCAAAUGCGCAAUAUAAUAAGGCCAAAGCAAUGACUUUAGGUAGCGGCAAGACGAGAAAGACGAGCCCCGACAAUGUGUUCGUCCUCGCCCGCGUGUACCAUGUCCGUACAAACCCGGGAAUCGCCUUGUACGCCGACCCUUGGCGACUUCACAAGGAGGGCUCUAUUUCAAUCGAGGCUGCUAGUUCCUUUCGAGGGAGCAUCUCGCCACUGGCCUCGGCCAUGGUUAUCGAAAGACCAACAGAAGCAAUCAUGGCCUCGGAAACAGAAAAGAUCUAUCACGGCCUGGAGAUUCGCACGGACCAGAUUCGGCUGCUAAAACUCGACCUCGACGGCGGCGGCAAUUCGCAGCUGAAAGGAAAGCUCAUGGUUGCGUCGUCAAUCAAGCACAGCAUGCCUUUGGCUGAGUUCUGUGCGAUAUCUUACGUCUGGGGUGCCGAGCCCACAAAGCUUUCGCCAUUCCAAUUUGUGGUAAAUGAUGUGGAAAUCCCCAUUACAGAAUCUUUGUGGACAUGCCUCCGCCGCCUUCGCCGCGACGGCGUAAAUGACUUGAUAUGGGCGGACGCCGUCUGCAUCAAUCAGAAGGAUAACCUCGAGAAGAGCAUGCAGGUCCGCCGCAUGGGAUCCUUGUACAGUCAAGCCAAACGUGUGAUUGUCUGGAUCGGCAGCAGGAAGGACGACGACUGCGAUGCGAUUGGUCUACUCGAUGAACUCGGAAAGCAGCGAGGAUCGCGGCGGGGGGUGGGGGAGCACGCAGUCAAAGCUCUUCUGUUGACUAACGAGGAAAGAAUGCAGAUCAAAGCAUUUCUGCAACGGCCGUGGUUCACUCGGACCUGGAUCAUCCAAGAGCUGGUCUUUGGCUCCCGCGUUACCAUCAUGGAUGAGAAUUCCCAAAUCGAAUGGGACGACUUUAUGGAAGGGGUCAUGGCGUUCGAGGAACAUAUGCAGCAGCUAUAUGCUGCUGUGGGAGCAGCAGACCGGAAGCAACUGCCAGUCACAUAUUCGGAUCCUGCCCGUGCUCUACACCACACGCGACGGUGCUUGGAAGGCCACUCGGGACAACCUCGAGUGGGUCGUUUAAAGCUCCCUUUUCUGAGACUGGUCGAAAUUUUCUUCUAUACCAAGUCCACUAAACCGCGCGACAAGCUCUUUGCUAUGAUCAACCUGGCAGCUGAUACGAGCAGCGACAAUGAGGCUUUUAUACCCGACUAUGAAUCAGAUGACGCCGUCAUACUUUCGAGAUACGCCGAGGAGUUUGUCAAAAGGAACCGCGUUCUCGAGCUUCUGUAUCGGGCUGGAAGAGAAAAGGGCAGUCGGUUUUCUUCCUGGAUCCCCGACCUAAUGAACCACGAUGGCAAGCAUCACUAUGGACCUACCAUCUCCACAUGGAGAGCGGUGGGGACAAGAAACAAGGCUGGAUUUAGCGCAGGGGCGUCCCUCUCCCCCAAUCCGAUCGUGAGCAACCCAGGACUCAAUCCCAUCCUAUCCAUCACAGGCAAGAUGUUCGAUACCGUACAGACCUGCCGAUUUCUUCCCAUAGGGCCUGGCGCGAGAACCAUCCGUUUCAGCGACACCCUAGAAGAACUUCGCCAGCACUUGUCCUUUCUCCACUACUACCCGAACCUGGGAAAGCACUGGCACGACCAGGUGCUUAUCAAGAUGCUCAUCGGGGAUGCUGUCGGCCCACAAACGAGGACAGACAUCCUCCCUUGGGAGAAGAGCGGGGAGGAAGAGAACCCGCCUGAAAUAUGGCCGCAAGGUUUUGAAAACGAGGUUCUCGCCCUGCGUCCUGGCCAGGAUGCGCGGCAACACCUCUCCGAGCCAGAAGAGGUCCAGCGGCGAAGAUACCAAUUUUGGGAGACCGCCGCUGCCUUUGUCGGGAGGAUUCCGGAUGCAGCGGCCUGUCUUACCAUGAGAGGGUAUGCAGGAGUCGUGCCUGGAGGAACCAAGCCUGGGGACAACAUCUUUCUGGUCCAUGGAGCUAGUGUGCCGUUCGUAAUCCGAAAAAGACCUGGCACCAAGUUCUAUGAGCUACGAGGAGAGUGCUACAUUCAUGGGGCCAUGUAUUACGACGGAAAAGCUGUUGACAAUCUGAAAGACGAGGUGGUACCCUUGGUGUAG